AUGCCUACGAAGCUUCGACAGUACGUUGUUGUGGGACGGAAAUUGCCGUCGGAGAAGGAACCGACACCACCGCUUUACAAAAUGCAAAUUUUCGCGAGUAAUCACGUCAUUGCGAAAUCACGUUUUUGGUACUUAAUUAGUAUGCUGCGAAGAGUAAAGAAAGGACAGGGCGAAAUUAUAUUUGAAAAAAGACCAGGGUAUGUGAAAAAUUACGGUGUGUGGUUGCGUUAUGAUUCAAGAACGAAUCAUCACAAUAUGUACAGAGAAUAUCGCGAUACUUCGAUUGCUGGAGCAGUCACUCAAUGUUACCGGGAUAUGGGUGCUAGGCAUCGUGCGCAAGCUGACCGUAUUCAGAUAAUCGAGGUGAAGCCGAUAAAAGCGUCGGAUUGUAAGCGACCAGCAGUGAAGCAGUUCCAUAACUCUAAGAUCAGGUUCCCACUGCCACACCGUGUGACCAAAAGAAGGAAUGUUUCUGUCUUUGCAACUCGCCGUCCAACAACGUUCUUUGCUUGA